AUGCGUUACGACGACGGCGACGAGGCUCCCCUCCAACAGGCGGCGUACCGCACGGUGCGGGUCUGGCGGAGCGACCUCCGCGCCACCCUUCUCUUCCUGACGCGCGUGCCGUUGAAGGCGGCACGGCCGGAGGGGGACACGCCGCCGCUCGGCCGCGCGGUUCGCGCCUUUCCCAUCGUCGGCGCACUCAUCGGGCUCGUCGCCGGGAUCGUCUACGGGAUCGCUGCAGGGAUCGGCCUGCCGGACAUCGUGGCGGCGGUGCUCGCGGUCGGCGCCGGCGCGCUGGUCACCGGCGCGUUGCACGAGGACGGCCUUGCCGACAUGGCCGACGGCUUCGGCGGCGGAAAUACGCGCGAUCGCAAGCUUGCCAUCAUGCGCGACAGCCGCAUCGGCGCUUACGGCGUGAUUGCGCUGGUGGUGGUGCUGGCGGCGAAGGCAGGCGCGAUCGGGGACCUCGGCAGCACCGGCCUUGCGAUCGCCGGCAUGGUGGCCGCCGCGGCCGUCUCGCGCGCGGCGAUGCCGGCGGUCAUGCUGUGGACGGAGCCGGCACGGAGCGACGGCCUCGCGGCCGAUGCGGGGAGGCCUCCGUCCGCCCAUGUGUGGACCGGCCUCGCGCUCGCGGCCGUGCUCGCCGUGGGUCUCCUGACCUGGAGCGGGCUCGUCGCAUUCCUCGUCGCGGGCGUCGGCACUGCCGCAGUCGCCUGGCUUGCGGAGCGGCAAGUCGGCGGCCACACUGGGGAUGUGCUCGGCGGCGUUCAGCAACUCUCCGAGGUUCUGUUCCUUCUCACUCUCGCGGCGGUUCGAUGA